CUUUCCAGCAGGUGGCGAUAAUGAGUAAAUGCGCUUCUUCCUAAUAUCCAGCACACAGCAAAGAAGAAUUUUCGGCCUCUUAGCAGAGUUAGCUUUACAAUAUGUCUACUGAUGCCUCUGCAGCAACAAUGUCUUUAUCCCAGUCUCUGAGAGACUUCAUCAAGGAGCGACUGACCGCUGCUGCUGAAGAAAUAUUCACGGAGUUUGAUAAAACCAUCGUCCAGUACGAGGAACAGCUGGAUCUCCAACGUAAACUGCUUGAUGUCAGCUGGAAACCUCAAGUAACCCUGCAGAGAAUAAGAGAUGUUGAACAGCAGGAGGUACGGGAAGAGAAGGGAGUUCAUCUUAACCAGGGUUUCUGCAACACGGGGAGAUGCAUAAGUUUGGACCAAGAGGAAGCAGGAUUUCCACAGAUAAAAGACAAACAGAAGGAACUACCUCUCCGGCAGAAAGAGAAUCGGGAAGAUCCAGAAUCUCUACAGAUAAAGGAUGAACAUGAGGAGAUAGAAUCUGUACAGAUAAAGGAUGAACAUGAAGAGACAGAAUCUACACAGAUAAAGGAUGAACACGACAAACUCUGCAUUAGUCUGGAGGAAGAGCUUGAAAUCAAACAGGAGACGGAUGCCUUUGUUAUAACUCCUUCUUACGAAAGAGAUAAUGGGGAACCAGAUCCAAGCAGCAACCGGCUUCAAGAGAACCAAUACGACGAAAUAAUUGAUCGUGAAAACUCUGAGUCAAAUGGAGAUAAAGAACUGAAACAAGAUAUAAGGUGUCAAAAAACUGGAGGUAGGCGUGACAACGUAGACAACAAAAAAGUAAAAAAACAGAAGAAUAAAGACACAAAUGAGAAUCUGUGCUCUUGUAAUGUUUGUGAUAAAGUUUUAGCCCGAAGUUAUUUGUCUGAACACAUGAGAAUUCACACAGGUGAGAAGCUUUUCUUGUGCACGGUCUGUGGAAAAAGUUUUCGGCAACAAAAUCAUUUGACUGUACACAUGAGAACUCACACCGGGGAGAAGCCUUUCCCCUGUGUGAUUUGUGGAAAAAGCUUUACCCUGCAAAUGGUCUUGACGAAACAUAUAAGGACUCACACAGGUGAGAAGCCGUUCUCCUGUCUAACUUGUGGAAAAAGUUUCAGGCAUAGUGGGACAUUAUCUCAGCACACGAGAAUCCACACGGGGGAGAAGCCUUUCCCAUGCUCAACCUGUGGAAAACGUUUUAGUGACAAGAGAAAUUUAUCUCGACACAUCAGAACUCACACAGACGAGAGGCCUUUCUCGUGUCCGACUUGUGGAAAAAACUUUCGUCAAGGAGGUCAUUUGACUGUGCAUAUGAGAACUCAUGCAGUCAAAAAGUUGUACUUAUGUGAAAUCUGUGGUGCUUGUUUCACUCAGAGCAUUGACUUGACGGAUCACAUGAAAACUCACAAAGGUAAAAAGGUGUAAUCUUGUAGUAUUCUCAAACGGUGAUGAGAUUUGUGGACUGAUGUCUUCAAAACAUCUGCAUGUUUGUUUGACCUUCAUGUGGGUGAAGGUCUGACAUUUGCUGACGUGUCGACAUAUUUCAUAUUUGUACAUAAUGGAUCAUGGCAGAAGUUGACUAACACACGGUUCUGGGAACUUUCUAGAUAUGAACAUUUAGCUCAGUCCAUUUGUACAAUCAUAUGUCUUGUUUAAAAGCAGUUGGGUCACAAAUCAACAAAGAUGAGCCCCUCUCCA